GCCGUUGGUGGCUACUUUGCGCCAAAUUGGCUACUUUUCGACCCCGUCUGGCGAUGAAAAUUUCACGUUGGCUCCUUGGCUACUUUCUGGCUACUUUGAACUUCUAUUUUGGCGCAUUCACUAGCCAUUUUUUUUGCAAUUGCAUAUACAAUAGCAAGCAAGAACAAAGAAGAACAAUUAUUUUUAAAGCUUUGCUCUCCUCAUGGCUGUUCCGGUCGCCUUGACGCGCGCGCGCCAUAGCGCGCGCGUCCUGUACGCAUAUAUUCUCUCCGCCGGCGGUGCGCACAUAGAGACCAACUAGCAGACGCGGGUGCGCAGACGCACGGACUCUGGGUGAUGGGCGCACGUCGAAGCAAAGCCCGUGAGGACGUUGCGCGCCAUCUGGAGAAAAUAACGCUAAUUCUAGCGCACGGCGAAGCAAAGGCCGCAAGGACGCUGCGCUCCAUCUGGAGAAAAUAACACUAAUCUAGAGUACUUUCUCCGUUAGGGUCAUGCAUCCGAAACCAUGCGUUUAGGUGCAGCCGUGUGCACGGCAUGACACCAGAGAGGAACGAGCAGUACAGGUGAAAUAACACUUGUGUACCCCAAGGCGACAAAGCUUCUGUUUUUGUGCCUUCGGCUUGCCGACACCGGCGUCUACCAUGGGAAAAGACGCAAGAGCAAAGCGCACGUUUCGAGAAGAAUGGAGAAAGGACAAGAAACUGAGCGGAUGGAUUUCGUCACGUGACGGCGGAACGACUGCUCACUGCAAGUACUGCAAUUGCAACAUUCGACCCCACUACAGUGAUCUGUUGAAGCACGCAGAAACCAAAAAGCACCGCGAGUGCGCAGUAAUCCCAAGUUCGCAACAAAAACUGCCGCAGCUUCUAGCGUCUUCGAGUCGAACGUACUAUGAAAAGGCUCGCCGAGAGUUAAGGAUCGCCUUGUACACUGCAGUGCACACUUCCAUAAAUGCUGUCGACGAACUUGGUGAGAUUCUGCAUUCCGAAUUCAAUGAUUUUGAUCUGCACAGAACGAAGUACACGGCUAUAAUUACGAAUGUUCUCUUCCCGUACUUCACGGAAAACAUGGACAAACAACUGAACGGCUCCAGCUAUUCUCUAAUGGUGGAUGAAUCAACCGAUGUAUCCACGACAAAGCAACUUUGCAUGGUUGUGCGGUUUCUGAGUUUAGAAGAAAACAGGAUUGCAACCACCCUUCUUGAUCUCGUAGAGCUGUCUGAUGGAACGGCAGAAACGCUUCACGACACGGUAUUGAAGACGUUGGACAAGCACGGCCUAUCGAUCAAGAACUGUCUCGGACUCUGCACCGAUGGUGCAAAUGCCAUGUGCGGCAAACACAAUUCUCUGUUCAGUCGUCUUAGUGAGGACAACAAAGACUUGAUUCUGAUGAAAUGCUCUUGCCACAGCCUGGACCUUGUGGCAUCCAAGUCGAUGGAGGCGAUUCCUUCUGCGGUUGAGCACGUAGUGCGAGAAACCUACAACUACUUUGCACACAGCAGCUGCCGGCAAGAUGCUUAUAAGAGACUGUAUGCCAGUAUGACAGUGGAAGAUGAAAGUGCAAAUCCACCGCCCAAGAUUCUGUCGCUUUCGCAGACGAGAUGGCUUGCUAUUGCAGACUCUGUAGAAAGAAUUUUGGCGUAGUACCAGUCUCUCGAAGAGUUUUUUGAGAAAGCAGAAGAUCGCAGCUACAACGUGCGCAUUUUACGAGAGAUGUAUCGAGACAGAAAAAAUUAUGUUUACCUCGUGUUUCUUGCCUCAGUUCUCCGUAACGUUAGGCGAGUGAACAAAAUGUUCCAAACAAACACAACUGACCCACUGGUUGUCUUCCAAGAGCUAGAAAAUUUGUAUUUGGAAAUUCUUAGGCGGAUUUUGAAUCCAUCAGUUUUGAGGCACAACACAACGGCAAGUCUGCUGUCGCUAGACCUGGCAAAAAUGAAGUCGAUUUUCCUGCAACCAGAGGUAGUGGACCUAGGUGACGUCUUCAGAGAGAAGAUUUCACUAGUCCCUAUUGAAGACCAACGGGCCGUGAGGGAGCGCUGUUUCCAAUUCUUGAGGCAAAUGGCGAUGGGACUCCAGCAGCGACUUCCAAAUGCCUCCUCUGCACUUCGAAGACUGUGUGCCAUAAAUCCCGAUGGCAUAGAAAGUGCUAAGAGCCGUGAAUGCAUAAUGAAGCUACCGCUGCAUUUUUUUGGAUGUUCCUCAAUCGAACUGGAGUCUGAAAUACGCCAGCUGCAGAGUGUUAGCGGUGCACUUGAUCGCGCAUCAUGUUUGACUUUCUGGCACGCAGCGGCAUCGUACAAGGACCCUUGCGGCGAAUGCCCUUUUCAACACCUGGCGCAAGGAGCACUGAAAAUUUUGACCCUUCCAAUUUCUAACGCUGAUGCAGAGCGCGUGUUCUCUUGCGUGAACUUGACGAAAACAGAGAUCCGUAACAAAAUGAAGCUGGACUUGCUCAUGGCGAUUCUGCGAAUCAAAUUUGGGCUACGACUUCAAGAAAAAACAGCAUCAUCGUUUGACGUUCCUGCUGAGUUGCUGAAUAGAAUGUGCCAAAAUUACUCCGGCAUGAACACUAUCUACUCUAGAUAAACUACGCGGACUGAACUUUUAUUUAUUUGCAACGUACCUGAUGCUUGAAGGCCAAGCAAGAGAACCAAAUUUCCUUGCUCUUUAUUUACUCUGUGUUCUUGUGUUGAUUCAAAAUGAUAUUAUUUAUUGUUCAUUAAUAAAAGUUGCUUAUAAUAAUGGUACUUUUCUACUUGGCUACAAAUUUGGCGCCAAGACCAGGUGGCGUGGCUACUUUUGGCUACUUUUAGCCUCAGUUCUGGCUCUUUUUGAAAAAUUCCCAACGGCAACCCUGAGUACCGCAAAGGUCGGCAUUUGACUGGCAACACUGAGCGGCCACCGCCAUAUACCUUCCAAGCCGACUGCGUCGCGUGGAGGCCGCCGUGUUGGAAGAGCUUGAUAUUCAGUGACACAUCGGGUUGAGUGUUUAAUGAAGUACAAAUACUUUGUGCCCAGAGAUAAUGGUUGCUAAGAACGAAAAGAAAACGUUAUUUUGUGCGAAGUAAUGCAGCCGGCGGUUGUUUUGCACUCCGAUCGUGUUUACUGCUGGAACUGUGCUACGAUUGUGGGCAGCAGCUUAGCGCUGCUAUCGGGAGCUUAUGCGCGCGUUUUUUUUUUCCCUUCCGCGGAGCGAGCUACGUAGGAAACAUUUCGUCACUUCGAGCCGGAAUGAGGCAAGCUUGUGCUUUUGGGCAUCAACAUCGUGGACCGCCGUCGGCUUCUAUUGAAUGUUUCCAAGCAGGACGAAACUAACACCUGACAGUGUCAUCGGCACACGGAACAUCCCACGUCUUGGUUUGACUUCCUGGUACAGGAUACUUGCACUUAGCAUGGAGUGAUGAAGCAGAGCAGUGUACUUUUAUUACAUGUGCAGAUUUUAGCAGUAUAACAGCAGUUCAUUAAAAAAAAACAUGUGUGCUGAAAAUAAAGUGUCCUUACCCA